CUUGGACUUCUCAACUUCGUCGCAGCCCCACCAAAUCCGACUUUUUCCCUUUGAAACUUUGAACCAUCGUGAAAAAGACUAUCGCUACGAACUCCCCUCGCGAAGUCAGCCGUCAAGAUGGAUUCCGAAGACCCCCAAGAGCGUCCCGAGGAUAUCGUCAACAUCAUAAGUGGAUUGGAGAGAUAUAACCCCGAAGCUGUAGGCAACCUAGAGGAUUACCUGCGCCACCAGUGCGAAAACAGAUAUACCGACUCCAAUGCGAACCGGACAUUACUAAAGCUAUACCAACUAAACCCCGACCGCGUCAAGGAAGAGGUCAUCACCAACACCCUAGUCAAGGCCUUGACAUGCUUCCCCUCGCCUCAGUUCUCCCUCGCGCUCCACCUCAUCCCGCCUCACCUAAUAGCCAACCCACAAGCCGAGCUCGCCGAAGCCGUCACCAAGCUUCGCGAACUCAGCAACCAACUACAAGGCGCACAAUACGCACGUUUCUGGGCCACCCUCGACUCCGACGACUUGUACGCCGAUUUAACUACCGAUAUCGAUGGUUUUGAGGAGCUCAUCCGUGUGCGCAUCGCCACGCUCAUCAGUCACGCCUACCGUGAGGUUGAGCUCCCCGUUCUCGAGCAAUGGUUGGGUCUUGAUGGUCCCGCUGCUCUAAAGUUCGUUUCUGAGACUGCUGGAUGGCGCGUUGAGGGUAAUCUGGUUAAGAUACCGAAGAACCCCGAGAACGAGGCCAAGAAGAGCGAGGUCCGCGAGGAUGUCAACGUAGACAUGUUCUCGAGAGUCAUCAGACGAGCUUGGGAAGAAACCGUAUAAGUUUCUUCCAAGGUGGUAUUGGUCGGUAAUCGGUAGUGAUAGGAAAUCAAAAACUAGUGGUGGGUCAACGAACCAGCAUUGGGAAAAGACGGAAAACCACGUCUUCGGCGUUAUGGGUAAUAGCCAGGGGAUUCCCCGGGCUUGCUGUGCUGUGUUGCGAUGUUUAUUGUGCCGUUGAUAGAUAGGCGAGCAUGAUAAAUCAGAAACGAAUAAAUGAUCUGAAUGAACUUAGUUUGUCUUCAACUUUUUCGUUUAUAGCUCGUCUGGACUUGAUAUGUUAGUUUUCAUAUCAAACGGCUAUAAUUUAGCCAAUGGGAACGCAGUGGUACAGUAGAGGUCUAUGCAGUAUCGUGAUGGACUUAUACGAUAUCAUUAAAUGAACAUUUCA